CUUAUCCUCGCACAGGCAGAUCCACAGCUGAGCCUGAGCUGGUCCCUCUCGCCCAGUAGCAGCAGCGCAGGAGCAGGACAGCAGCAGAGGGUGAGUGAGUGCGAGAGACGUGAUUCAUCCACGUCCAAACAAUUCUGUGAGGAGAGGGGCCAACGAGAGAGAACUCUACGAGUUUUGCUGUGCACUGUAAAGCAGAGGGUGGGCGGAUGGAGGCGGGCGUCGAGCAAAAUAAUAAUGCACACAGCACCCGGGGAAAGCAGAAGGGCUCCUACGUCUUGUCGCCUGAUGUAGCAUAGAGAGAGAGAGGGGAAAGGAGAAACUUUUAAUGCGAAAAAUGAGAUGAGUAAAUGCAUAAGAGGUCGCUCUCGCGGCAGCGGAGCAGAACAGGGCAGUGAAGCCGAAUAAAAGCGCCCCCCGGCAGCGCUGCUGCUGCUGCCAUCCCAAUCUCUGGCCUGACCCCCCUCUGCCGCAGCUGCCUGCAAUAUCAGCACAGUUCCACCGAUAAAAGCGAGGAGAAAGGGAAGACCUCCUGAUGGGAGCCCUCCGCCCUCUUCGCUCACACUCACUGUUUCCCAUCUGAUUCAGGCAUUGGCUCGGAGCCAGUGUACAGGGGCAGCGGCAUCCAGCCGUUAACGCAGCGCAAACAGGAAGCAGUCCUACACCGGGAGAAGAUGGAUUAAAGAUGGCGAGAGGAGAGAGAGAGUUACGGGGGGAGUACGGUGGGGGCAUGGUUGGGGGAGUCGCUUUUGACUCGUUUCCUUUUGGCAAAGCUUAUGUAUGUAUGUUUAGGGAGCCCCGAGGAAGAGGGGGAGUAGGAGGAAAGUGUGAGAAAGAAAAGCUAAAGUUUUUGGUCUUUUAGCAUUUAUGCUAUCUGCUACUUCUGCGGCUUGCUGUUCGUUUGCUCUGUGCUGCUGCGCCUGUUCGUCUAUCGACUUCAACGCUCGUCUUCUUCAAGCCUUAGGUACACCACGCACGAGCCUUUCAUCCACCCCCAUCAUGCGUCUCUACAUCAUUCCUAUGUCCUCGCUGCUCCCUCCGUAAUCCGCAUCGCACUCGGGUCCUUUUACCUUCCACUGUCCCUCGUUUGCACAGUUUGGUUCUCGCUUUUUGUUUCACUCAGCAUGGGCAUCGAUCUGAAUACUAUAGAGGAGGAGGAGGAAGAGGAGCCUGAGCACUCGACCGGGCUGGGUGCUUCGACUGUGGUUGCGCCGGACGGGCUUCAGGCGGUGUCGGUGUGCCUUGAGCUCUGGCACGCGUGCGCGGGGCCUCGGAUAUGGCUGCCUAAAAGGGGGAGCUUGGUGAUGUACUUGCCACAGGGACAUCUGGAGCACCUGGGGUUCAGUAGCGCUGAUUGCGACGGUGGGAGACGAGGAGCCUGCCGCUUCGAUGUGCCGCCUCAUGUGUUCUGCCGUGUGGUCGAUGUUAAUCUCCAUGCUGAUGCGGGUACAGACGAAGUUUACGCCCGGCUCUCUCUUGUCCCCGAAAGCGAGCCAAUUUCGUCUCAGGAAUUGAAAGGAGGAGUGAACAAGGGCGGGAAUGAAGGAGAAGAGGAUACUGAAUCCGUGAGCAGGUCAUCCAAACCCCAUAUGUUCUGCAAGACACUGACUGCCUCUGACACCAGUACCCAUGGUGGAUUCUCUGUCCCUCGUCGAGCCGCUGAGGACUGUUUUCCUCCGCUGGACUACAAUCAGCAGCGACCUUCGCAGGAGCUUACUGCCAAAGAUUUGCAUGGAACAGAGUGGCGGUUUCGCCAUAUCUACAGAGGCCAACCACGUAGACACCUUCUUACAACUGGAUGGAGUGCUUUUGUCAAUAGGAAGAAGCUCAUUUCAGGGGAUGCAGUCCUCUUCCUUCGAGGUGAUGAUGGUGUGCUCAGAUUGGGUGUUAGGAGAGCAGCUCAGUCCAAAGGCAGUAUUCCAGUUCCAGAGCAACAAAAUUAUGAUGCUGCAUUAGCUACAUUGGCUGCUGUUGCUAGUGCUGUAUCUAUGAAAAAAGUUUUUCAUAUAAAUUAUAACCCAAGGGCAUGCAUGUCGGAGUUUGUAAUUCCAUAUUGGAAAUUCAUAAAAAGCUUGGAUAGUUCCCUUUGUGUAGGAAUGAGUUUUAAAAUGCUUUAUGAAAAUGAUGAUGCCUCAGAAAGAAGACCUAUAGGGCUGAUAACUGGAAUCAGCGACAUUGACCCUCAAAGAUGGCCUGGUUCAAAGUGGAAAUGUCUGUCGGUUAACUGGGAUGAUGAUGUAGAUACUAAAAGACAAAAUCGAAUUUCUCCAUGGGAAAUUGAAUCAACUGGUUCUAUUAUAGGCUCCAGUACCCUGUCGGCAACAGGUUUGAAGAAGGCGAAACUUUGUCUUCCCCCUGUCAAUAUGGAUUAUCCAAUUCUGAAUGGAAAUGGGUGUCUGGAUUUGAGGGAAUUUGCAAACUUCCACAAGGUCUUGCAAGGUCAAGAAUUGAUGAGACUCAAAACUUCCAAUGAUUUUGGGUUAGAUGCUCAUAUCGGAAAUAUUAAACAUUCUGAAGUUAUGGGUCAUUCAAGUGAUGCAAACGGAUGCAUAGCAAGUGAAUCUGUUUCUGAAGGGAGGAUCAGAAUCCCACAUGGAGGUUCUGAUUUUUCCUUCAACUGCACAGGCUUUAGGGAACCGGCUGGGUUCCUAGCGGUCUUGCAAGGUCAAGAAGUUUUGUCGAAAAUCCCACCAUUUCUUGGAGCUCACUCAGAUGCUCAUGCUAGGAGUGGUGUGUAUGGAUUGCUCGAUAGUGUUGAAACAUCUCAUGCUGGGAAAAAUUUACCUUCCUCAUCUGUGGGGAAUGGUACAAUAGUGCAACCAUCUUUGCCAUUAAUUCAGGCAUCUUCUCCAUCAUCAGUCCUAAUGCUUCAAGAAGCAAGUUCAAAGUCUCCGCUACAUCGGUCUAUUCCUGGUCAAGACAGGCACGGUGGCAAUCUGCUCUUUCCAAAGCCAGAUGGUGCAGAAGCAUUGCGUAAAAAAGAAGGAACCUUCGGAUUCUGGCCUCCGACACUGGGUUAUCAUUUUGCCAAUCCACAGUACAAGUUGGUCAAAAUCCAUGAUCCUGUCAUCGAUGGUAAGUUGCACAAAGAAAAGGAGCCGGAUGCCAGCCACAAUGGCUGUAGGCUUUUUGGAUUUCCUUUGGUCGAAAGGAUUCCUGAACGAAAUUUACUCGAGAAACCUCUGCCGGUCUCCCCAAGUUCAACCGCAGGGAAUCUUGAUGUUGGCUUCUCAGCUUCCCCAAUGCCUGCUAAGCCUGCUGGGUGCAGUUGCAUUGAAGCAAGUUCCCUGUAUGCUUUAUGUGCAGCUCCAUUUUAGGAUGGAAAUUAGUAACUUGCACAAGAACGCCAUUUAUCUCCCAAUGCUAGUGAUGCUUUCAAUAAUGCAUAAAAGGCGGCCGUAUCUGUUUGUCCUGAAGAUUUAUCCAUGAAGAAAUCUUGAAAUAUUUAUGCAAUCCUUCAAGUGACAACCGUGAUGCUGAGGAAAUGAUCUUUUGUUGGAUGGUUAUGAACUUGUGAAUCAUUUCAAAGGUGUUACAAAUUAUGACAACAUAAACAGAUGCUAUGUCGCAUCCUUAUUAUCACAUUAUGAAUGCGCACUUCUCAGUACUCUUCUAUUUACUUGUUUAUUCCUAUUCAGCUACUUCCUCUUCUUCUGAUGUUUGUGUAUGAUCAUACCGUGUGUUAAAUUAAUUUCUACCUUUGAGAGUUGCUGAAUUGAUUUUUUUUUUGUUUGA